AUGUUUAAGGGGUAACAUCAACUACCUGAUUUCGUCGCUGUGCUACUUGUUUAUGGGAUUAUCUUCAGCGAAUAUUAUGCUUUUGUUUUUAUCUUCCUACCUGCAUUUCUUAAUAAAGUAAUUCGUUUUUCACUAAAUACAUAUUAGCAUGGAAGUAUUACUUAUUUGAUUGGAAUUGAAUUUACCAUCAUAUUCCUCUUCUUGAAUUUAGCUUACAUUAUGAUUCAAUAUACCAAGCCUGGAUAUCCUCCAAAAGAUUUAGUAUUUGUUCUUGUGAUCGAUUAGGCUAAACAUUAUCAUGAAAGAACUUUGGAAGACAUAAAAUAGAGAACAAAAAAAAUGACUGAAAAAAUUAAUAAGCAUAGGUAGCGAAGGAUGUAAAAUCAUAUUGAAAUGCACGAUGAGCAUGAUGAUGAAAUUGUAAUAAAAUAAUUUUAUUAUAUGGUUCUAGCGAUAUUAUUCAAGCAUUAUAAUUAGUUUCAUACUGCUUUAAAUGUGAUAAUAUAAAAUUACC